AUGGAAGCCGUGAAAGUUCUAGGAAGAGUUCAUGUGAGAGACACAAGAGAAGGAUUUACCUCGCAUUCUAUGAUGGUGUUGUGUGAGUGCAGACAAACCAUUGACCCUAAGCGCAUACCUCCUGAAGUGGCAAGGGGAGAAAAGAAAGAGCCCUGGUCAGUCAUAGUGAACCAAACAAGAGAACCUGCAUUUGACACAGCUACUGGAGGAUUCACUGAAAAGCUUGCAAAGUUCCUGAUGGAAGAAGGAAAGUCUCUCAGCGAUGUACAAGCUUUGUGUACUCCACGCAUUGCUAUCGAUAGUUCCCCUGAGUCAAUUAUACGUGCCAUGGGUGAGGUCCUGGAAAAGACUGUAAAGCCGCAGAGUGAUAGCAAUGCCUACCGAUGCCUGUGCACGUUUUCAGCUGUAGUUCCCACCCCCAUAGGAGAGGAGAGUAUGGAAAAUCAAAUCAAUCAAGCCAGGCUAAUGAUAACCGAGUGCGACUGUUCUGAAAAAGAAAAACGACGCAGAAUUGUGGAGAGCCUUAAAGGACCUGCAUUAGAAAUCAUAAGAGCUGUCCGUUUCUCCAACCCCGAGGCGAGUGCUUUGCAGUAUUUGGAAGCAUUGGAGAGUACAUUUGGAUCAACAGAGUCUGGUGAGGACUUAUACUUCAAGUUUCAUCUUAUGCGCCAAAACGCAGGUGAGGCUCUGUCUAAAUUCCUGAGGAGGAUUGAUAAGGCUCUUAACAAAGUAGUAGAACGAGGUGACCUGUCUCCUCGAAUGGUGGAUAAAGUACGAGUUGAACAGCUAAUUCGAGGUGCAGUGAAUUCUGACCUGAUGUUGCUUCAGUUAAGACUACGAGAGAGAAAAGAUGCCCACCUUCUUUCCUGA